AGCUGAGAAUGGAGGAAGAAUCAACAUGCUUUCGUUGAACAUUUAUUGUUAUGUGCCUCGUGUGAGCUGUCGAAGAGGAACGGGCACAAUUUACACUUCAGAGUAAUUGUUUAUUUUUUAUAGAGUUGAUGUUUAGUAAUACAUCAAAGAUGUCUUAUUUGUAAAAGUAAGCUAAACAGUGCUGCUAGAAUUCGUUUCCCCCCGAAUGAUCUAUCACUUAUUCAAACGACUGGAUAUUCUAAACAAAUGACCAAGAUGCUUCAACAAAGCCAAUGUUGUUGAAUAGAACUUGAGAGCUGCUGUUCGAAAUAAUACGUUCGAUGUCGGUCACCUUUGACUCUUUACCUCGUCAAGAAGACAUAAGACAGCCAAUGUCUGCCUGCAGCAGUUCUUCCCCUCCACCCUUACCCAGACUGUGCCCCCUCUCUGUGGCUCCGAAUCCAGUCGCCCCACCGACUCCUUCGCCGUCUCCAAGCCCGCCGGCGACACUCUACAGUCGACUGUCAAAUGGGAGUCUCAGCGCCCCGAGUCCCACCAACUCCGGGUGCUCUUUCCACGGGGUGUCUUUUCUUAUCCAGAUCGGACUCACCAGGGAAACGGUGAACCUGGAUGCCAGCGAUCUGUCCGGGAUAUCAGCGGUGAAGGAGCUCGUAUGUUCAAUAGUGGACCAAAAGUUCCCAGAGUGUGGAUUCUUUGGCAUGUACGACAAGAUCCUUCUGUUCCGCCAUGAUCUAACUUCAGAGAACAUCCUGCAGCGACUAACGUCAGCGGAGGACAUCCAUGAGGGAGAUCUGAUCGAGGUGGUCCUCUCCGCUCUAGCCACUGUCGAGGACUUCCAGAUCCGGCCCCAUGCCUUGUAUGUGCACUCCUACAAGGCGCCGGCCUUCUGUGAUGACUGUGGGGAGAUGCUGUGGGGCCUGGUCCGACAGGGCCUCAAAUGUGAAGGGUGUGGGCUGAACUACCACAAGCGCUGCGCCUUUAAGAUCCCUAACAACUGUAGCGGGGUGAGAAAGAGACGGCUGUCCAACGUGUCCCUGCCUGGAGCCGUGCUGUCCGUCCCCCGCCCAGCCCCCAUCGAACAUGUCCCUGUUUCCCAGGAAGAGCAGCGCCCUCUCCAGGGGGCAGGGAAGGGUAACAGCCUGUUGAGCGGCAGGCCUAUCUGGAUGGAGAAGAUGGUGCUGGGAAGGGUCAAGGUGCCUCACACCUUCUCAGUGCACACCUACACCAGACCAACCAUCUGCCAGUUCUGUAAACGCCUGCUGAAAGGCCUGUUCCGCCAGGGCAUGCAGUGCAAAGAUUGUAAAUUUAACUGCCAUAAGAGAUGUGCAGCCAAGAUACCAAGAGACUGCCUUGGUGAGGUUUCCUUUAAUGGAGAACCAGCCAGUCCUGGCCCCGACUCUGAGACUACCAUGGAGGUGGACAACAGUGAUGUGAACAGUGAGGGCAGCCAGAGCAUGGAAGACCCAGAGGAGCCCUCCACCCCAGACGACAAGUUCUACAUUGAAGGGCCCUGUCUGGAUGGGGACAAGGACGAGGACACAGUGAAGGCUAUCAGCCCCAUGACAAGCAGUUUCAUCCCCCUAAUGCGGGUGGUUCAGUCCAUAAAACAAACCAAGCGGAAGAGCUCAACCAUGGUUCGGGAGGGAUGGAUGGUCCACUACACCAGCCGUGACAACCUGAGGAAGAGGCAUUACUGGAGGCUGGACAGCAAGUGUCUGACCCUGCUGCAGAACGAAACGGGAACCAAGUAUUACAAGGAGAUCCCCCUGUCAGAGAUCCUGCAGGUGGAGCAGGCUCAGGACUUCCACAGCCUGGCCCAGGGCAGCAACCCCCACUGCUUCGAGAUUAUCACUGCCACUAUGGUCUACUAUGUGGGGGAGAAUAACAGUGGUCACUUCCAUAACCCUUCCCUGGCUGCCACGGGUGUGGGGCUGGAGGUGGCCCAGGGCUGGGAGAAGGCCAUCCGGCAGGCCCUGAUGCCCGUCACUCCGCAACCCAGUGUCGGCACUGGCCCCGGACAGGGCAAGGAUCACAAGGACAUUUCUAUCAGCAUAUCAGUGUCUAACUCACAGAUCACAGAGAAUGUGGAUAUCAGUUCAGUCUACCAGAUCUUUGCUGAUGAGGUCCUUGGAUCGGGCCAGUUUGGGAUUGUGUAUGGAGGUAAACACAGAAAGACUGGGAGAGACGUGGCCAUCAAAAUCAUCGACAAGAUGAGGUUCCCUACCAAGCAGGAGAGCCAGCUGAGGAACGAGGUGGCCAUUCUCCAGAACCUUCACCAUCCUGGCAUCGUCAACCUGGAGUGCAUGUUCGAGACCCCCGAGAGGGUCUUUGUUGUCAUGGAGAAGCUCCAUGGAGACAUGCUGGAGAUGAUCCUAUCCAGUGAGAAGAGCAAGCUCCCUGAGCGUCUCACCAAGUUCCUGGUCACACAGAUCCUAGUGGCUCUGAGGCAUCUCCAUUUUAAGAACAUCGUCCACUGUGACCUGAAGCCUGAGAAUGUGCUGCUGGCCUCUGCGGAGCCCUUCCCUCAGGUGAAGCUAUGUGACUUUGGCUUCGCUCGCAUCAUUGGCGAGAAGUCAUUCAGGCGCUCUGUGGUCGGCACACCCGCCUACCUGGCACCCGAGGUCCUACGCAGUAAAGGUUACAACCGUUCCCUGGACAUGUGGUCGGUAGGUGUGAUCGUUUACGUCAGCCUCAGUGGGACCUUCCCCUUCAAUGAGGACGAGGACAUCAACGACCAGAUCCAGAACGCUGCCUUCAUGUACCCUUCCAACCCCUGGAAGGACAUCUCUGGAGAGGCCACAGACCUGAUCAACAACCUCCUCCAGGUGAAGAUGAGGAAGCGUUACAGUGUGGACAAGUCUCUCAGUCACCCCUGGCUCCAGGACUAUCAGACGUGGCUGGACCUGCGGGAGUUUGAGACACGCAGAGGGGAGCGCUACAUCACCCACGAGAGCGACGACGCCCGCUGGGAGGAGCACGCCGACGAGCGGAACCUGCAUUAUCCCAAGCACUUCAUCAUGGCGCCCAACCUGGACGACAUGGAAGAGGACCCCUAGUGGCUGGGAGGACUACCUGCAGGCUGCACGUUUCAGAAGGAGUUCACAGGGCAUCCUGGGACUCGGAGACCCAUGGCUGGUGCUUGGGUCCCUGGAACCUGCUACUGCUGGCUGAGACUGUAAGCUUAAACAGGGGGAGAUGCAUGUACCCUAUAUGUUUGAGCAUAAAGGUGUCAUUGUGCAUUACCACAUGGAACAGACAGGAGGCGCUGCAGUGGACAGGCAGCUGUGUGGUGGUACAGUAGCAUGGGAACACAUUCGUGGUGUUGUGAGGAAAGGCGCGACGAUCGAGAUUGAGUAUCUUCAGGUUGUUUGGUUUUCAUCACAUUCCAGAGACCUUACGUAUGUGGAUUCUCUCUCCACUGACUGUGUUCUCUACAAGCCAUAAUAUACAGCCCUCAUAUUCAACUCUGAACCGUGAAGCCAGUUCCACUGCAUUUUUUCAUUCUUCCCCUCUAAUCAAGGACUGAUUUAGACCUGGGACACCAGAUGGGUGCAAUUCAUUAUCAGGUAGAACAGAAAACCAAUAGGCUCCGGACCUCGUAGGGUUAGAGUUGAAUACCUCUGAUAUACAGUCUGUCUCUUGAGCCUGAAAGAUGAACCCUAAGUGGUUGGUUAGUUGGGAAAUCCCUCAGCAACAGUAAUAAACAUUUGCACUGCCAUUCAAGCCAGAAAAAUGGCUACAGUAAAAGAUGGUUUGGACCAAAUCCAAGAGACAUUUCAGCUUUUCAGCUUCUAUAGCAUAUUUUUCUAAUGUUGUUAGUUUAUCAUGUGUAUUUGAAAUCUCACGACUACAUUGAUUUGUUAAUUUACCAUGAGUGCUAUUUUUUGAAAACAUUUAUUUCCAAUAGUUUCAGGUAAGGCUGUUGAACUCGAAAACAUACAAAAUAUGCUGAUGUUUUGAAUAUAUAUUGAAUAUAUUUUGCUUAUUCGAUGGGAUGUUUUUGCACUAUUUGUUAACACCUGUAAUCUCUGGCUCCCUUAUUGGAUGCUUUGAAUGAAGUUGUGAACUAAUCAGCAGCUGCUACACACGGUCUUAAACCCCCCUUAGAAAAAUGCCUGAGAAAAACCCCCAGCAAAAAUUAUACCGGUCUAACCAAAGCCUGAGAAAUCUUCAAAUAGAAAUAAUUACAUUUUUUACGAUUCUACCUGUAUUUUUGUAUCAAAUUCUAAGUGUCACAAAAACAUUGAUAGGACCAAGCCUAGGGAAUUUUAGAUGUUAAUUCUCUGCUCUCAGCCAUAGCUUACAAAUGUGUUUUUUUCUUUCCAAUGAAGUAAAGAUAGUUGAGAAAUGUAUUUUUUUUUUUAUUCAAGAACUGAUGUGACCUUCUUGGGGCUCUAUUUAUUUUCCUUCUCAUUUCAUUACAUGUGUUGUGUUUGUACGGAUGAUUGAAUGGAUUCCCACUCAACGCCAGACCUGCUGCUGUACCCCAGUGAGGGAGCUGCAAGGCCAAGCAGUCCGGCAGAUUCACAAAGGAUUUAUCCCAAAUGGCACCCUAUUCCCUAUAUAGAGCACUACUUCUGACCAAAGCUGUGGUCAAAACCUGUGCACUAUAUAGGGGAUAGGGUGCCAUUUGGGAUGCUGACAGAGUCUGAUCAGUGACAAAGUGACAAAGCAUGGUAGGAUAAAAAGACUCUGUAGUACUCUGUAAUAUGUCAAACAAGCCAACAUGUAAUAUGUCAAACAAGCCAACAUGUAAUAUGUCAAACAAGCCAACAAGUAAUAUGUCAAACAAGCCAACAUGUAAUAUGUCAAACAAGCCAACAGCAGAUAAAUGGACUGAGUACUCUGUACUAUGUCAAACAAGCCAACAGCAGAUAAAUGGACUGAGUACUCUGUAAUA